AUGGCCCCCAUCAUCGACUCCCACAUCCACCUCAAUCCCUCCUCCGCGCUACCCACUCUCCCCUGGCGCGAUCCCUCCCAUCCCCUCCACCGCGAGCACUCAGUCUCCGACUACAAUUCCGCCACUGGUUCUCCUUCCAGCCUCUCCGGCUUCAUCCUCAUCGAAGCCGACCACAGCUCUAAUGAUGACCCCAACUCCUGGACCCCUCACCUCCAAGAAGUCUCGUUCAUGUCCACCAUCGCAAACAACAAUCCCUCCUGUCUCGCCCUGAUUCCCUGGGCCCCCUUGCCCGAAGGGGCCGCAAAAUUAGAGGAGUAUCUCACCGCCGCCGAGAAGGAGGUCGGGACCCAGGCAUGGAAGAAGGUGCGCGGGUUCCGGUUCCUGCUGCAAGACCAGCCGGCGGGGACGGGGACGAGUGAAGGCUUCGUGGAGGCGUUGAAAGUGUUGGGGAAGAAGGGGUAUGUGUUUGAGGUGGGAAUUAACCAGCAUCGGAAGGGGAAGAGGCAGUUGGAGGAGGUGUGGGAGAUGAUUAGUAGGGUGCAGGAGGGGGUUGAGGAGGGGGAGAGGGUGAAAUUUGUGUUGAACCUCACAAUCCUCAACCAAGCUGAUCCAUCAUUUCUCGCCUGGCGCGAAGCAAUGUUCACCCUCUCGAAAUGCCCCCAAACCUACAUCAAGCUCUCGGGCUGCUUCUCCGAGCUGCCCGAGAAACUGCGCCAGCGCCCCGCUGAGGACAUCGUCUCGGCCAUCCUGCCUUGGCUAGCGGUAUUGCUUGCGGCAUGGGGCCCGAAGCGCAUCAUGUUUGGGAGUGACUGGCCUGUGUGCACGGUCGGCGUUGGAAAUGAUGAAGCAUGGAAGAAGUGGCACCGGGUUGUGGAGUUGGUGUGCGAUUUCGCCGGAUUGAGUGUUGAGGAUCAGGAGAGGAUUUGGAGCGGGACGGCUAAGGAGGCUUAUGGACUUGAAUAG